AGAGUGAAUUUUUUUAUAUAGACUCAGAAGGAAGGAGGAAUUGCGGGUUACAGAAGACGCCAUUCUCUUUAAAACUACUGUUCUGGGACGGUUGUGAAUGUUAAUUAGUUAGUAAGCAAAUUAAGCUUCUUGACUGUGGCAGAUUGUACAAUUGUUUCUGUAUUUUUUUCUUUAUUCUUUUUCUCUGGAAAUUUGUGAUUGUUUGUUUAAUGAAUCCAUGUGGGCACCUGUAAAAUACAGAGGAAUUUCCCUGAAGCAUAUCAGAGUUUAUCAGACCCACUAAAUCUUUGCCGCAGGCUCUUUUUCUCAGGGAGCGACUGCAGUUGACAGGUCUCUGUAAUUGCUCCCUGAUAUACUUUGUGGGUAUAGUUUUUGGGUAUCUGAAAAUGCUUCUGGGGAAGCGUCCUAGGCCUCCCAUGAGGAGGACUACUAGCAUGUCAUCACUUGGGUCUGAUUGUAGCAUUGAGAGUCCUGAAGAGAAGCAGAAGCCACCUGGAGAAGAAGGGUACCCUUCAUCUAAGGGCAUGGUGGUGUUAGGAAGAGCAGGGUGUCCUUCUCAAGGGCAGGCUGUGACAAUGGGUAUACCAAUCCAAAGAGGUUUUUUGAAGACGUUGAGGAGCUUUCCUUUAAUGGGUUCAAGCAGAGCUAGCAGAAAAAAGAGUUCAGAGCCUACCCACUUCCUGCAGGCCUGUUUUCUUUGCAAGCGCAAACUUGUACCUGGCAAGGAUAUCUACAUGUACAUGGGUGACAGUGCAUUCUGUAGCAUUGAAUGCCGGAACCAACAAAUUCUGAUAGAUGAAAAUAAAGAGAAAUGCUGUGUGGUAGUGAUGAAGCAAGAUUCAGUUUCCACAAGCCAGCAUCAGAACAGUGGGAAUAAGAAUGCCCAUACUGAGACUCUGGCAGCGGCCUAGUUUUUUGUUCUGAUUAUAUCAAUAUGUAUAUAUCUAUUUGCAUAUCAAGAUGUUCUGGCUGUAUCAAGUAUUGUUCAAUAUUAUGGCAUAUAUGAAAGAAUGAAUCUUGUGAU